AUGACCAAGAAUGAGUUGAUCAAUAAUUUGGGAACAAUCGCCAAGUCUGGCACCAAAGCCUUUAUGGAGGCUAUGGCUGCUGGUGGCGACAUUUCCAUGAUCGGCCAGUUCGGCGUCGGCUUCUACAGCGCCUACCUUGUCUCCGACAAGGUCCGUGUGGUGAGCAAGCACAAUGAUGAUGAACAAUACAUCUGGGAGAGUGGCGCUGGAGGCUCCUUCACCGUUCAGAAGGACACGGAGCUCGUGCACGGCGAGAUCAAGCGCGGCACGAAGAUCAUCUGCUACCUCAAGGAGGACCAAUCUGAGUUCUUGGAGGAGCGACGUCUCAAGGACUUGGUGAAGAAGCACUCCGAGUUCAUCGGCUUCCCCAUCGAGCUGUACGUGGAGAAAUCCAAGGAGAAGGAGGUCACCGACUCUGAGGAGGAGGAAGAGGAGAAGAAGGAUGAGAAGGAGGGCGAUGAGCCCAAGAUCGAGGAAGUCGACGAGGAGAAGGAGAAGGAAGAGAAGAAGAAGAAGACCAAGAAGGUGAAGGAGGUCUCGCACGAGUGGGAGCAGCUGAACAAGAACAAGCCACUCUGGAUGCGCAAGUCCGAGGAUGUCACCAACGAAGAGUACGCUUCCUUCUACAAGUCCCUGUCCAAUGACUGGGAGGACCACCUCGCUGUGAAGCACUUCAGCGUGGAGGGUCAGCUUGAGUUCCGGGCUCUGCUGUUCGUCCCACGCCGGGCGCCCUUCGACCUCUUCGAGAGCAAGAAGAAGCGCAACAACAUCAAGCUCUAUGUGCGCCGUGUCUUCAUCAUGGACGACUGCGAGGAGCUGAUGCCGGAGUGGCUUAACUUCGUGAAGGGCGUUGUGGAUUCGGAGGACUUGCCUCUGAACAUCUCCCGUGAGACCUUGCAGCAGAACAAGAUCCUGCGAGUCAUCAAGAAGAAUCUCGUCAAGAAGUGCCUCGAGAUGUUUGCAGAGAUUGCGGAGAAGAAGGACGACUACAAGAAGUUCUAUGAACAAUUCGGAAAGUGCCUGAAGCUGGGUGUCCACGAGGAUUCCACCAACCGAACGAAGUUGGCCGAGCUGCUGCGUUACCACACAUCCAAGUCUGGAGACGAGCAGAUCAGCCUGAAGGAGUACGUCGACCGUAUGAAGGAGGGCCAAAACGACAUCUACUACAUCACAGGCGAGAGCAUUGCCGCGGUCUCCUCCUCUCCUUUCCUGGAGACCCUUCGCAAGAAGGGCAUCGAGGUGCUGUACAUGAUCGAUCCUGUAGAUGAGUAUUCCGUGCAGCAGCUGAAGGAGUUUGACGGCAAGAAGCUGAAGUCCACGACCAAGGAAGGUUUGGACAUCGAGGACGAGGAUGAGAAGAAGAAGCUGGAGGAGAUGAAAGCCGAGUUUGAGCCUCUGACCAAGUUGAUGAAGGAGGUCUUGGGAGACAAGGUGGAGAAGGUGAUCGUUUCUUCUAGGAUGGCAGAUUCGCCCUGCGUGCUGACCACCUCGGAGUACGGAUGGUCCGCCAACAUGGAGCGCAUCAUGAAGGCCCAGGCCCUCCGUGACAACUCCAUGACGUCUUACAUGGUCUCCAAGAAGACCAUGGAGGUGAACCCCAAGCACUCCAUCAUGUCAGAGCUCAAGAAGAAGGCUGCUGCAGACAAGUCUGACAAGACGGUGAAGGACCUGAUCUGGCUGCUCUUCGACACUUCGCUCCUCACCUCCGGCUUCAACCUGGAUGAGCCGACCCAGUUCGCCGGCCGCAUCCACCGCAUGAUCAAGCUCGGCCUCAGCAUCGACGACGAUGACGAGGGCCUGGGCGACGACGAUGACCUGCCCCCGCUUGAGGAAGUCGAGGGCGCAGCCGAUGAGGCCUCCAAGAUGGAGGAGGUCGACUAG